AUGCGCCGCGCAGCGCCAUCUAGCGUCGCGGCGCUGCCGCUAGCGCCAGUGCAGACAUGUGCCAGUAAUGGAUUACUCUGCCGUCGUAUACUGACGGGCCCAGGAUCCCGUGUAUGCUCAGGCGCCGGUAGAGGACGCGCCACUAUGCGCGCCCCCACGGUGCUCCUAGCCCUGCUAGGGUUUCUGCCCCAGGUGCUGUCAUCUGGUUCUUUCGAGCUUAGGAUACAAAGUUUUACGAACUCAUUGGGUAGGUUAAGUAGUGGGCAGUGCUGUGAUGGUUCCUCAAAUAGUGACGCGCCGUGUUUGGCGCCGUGCAGGACUAAAUUUCGCGUGUGCCUAAAGAUUUAUCAAGCUAAUAUCGACACGACAUCACCGUGCACGUUCGGUGACAUCACAACGCCCGUGCUGGGCGGAAACUCUUUGGAUGUACCGAACCUCAACGUGCAAGGAUUCAGCAAUCCCAUCGUGUUCCCCUUCGACUUUACGUGGCCGGGCACCUUCUCCCUCAUAGUCGAAGCGUGGCACGAUGCGAACGAGACGUCGAGAUCCGAUGAUACGCUCAUUGCGAGGAUGACGAAGCAGAGUGUGGCUGACGUCGGGGGCCCUUGGAUAGAAGAAGAUCAGAGGUGGGGAGGUUCUGGGGGUGCUCACUUGAGACUCUCGUACAGGGUGACGUGUGCCGCCCACUACUACGGGCCAGGAUGUGAGGUUCUCUGUCGGCCGAGGGAUGAUGGUUUCGGCCAUUACACAUGCUCGCCGACUGGAGAGAUCGUCUGCAGGCCAGGCUGGACGGGAGACUAUUGCUCGAAACCGAAAUGUCUGCCCGGCUGCGACGCAGAGCACGGCCACUGCCUCAAGCCCGACGAAUGCCUUUGUCAUUCGGGCUGGGUGGGCGAGUUCUGUGACCAAUGCGAAAGGCAUCCGGGCUGCGUGCACGGCACUUGCUCCAAGCCGUGGGACUGCAACUGCGAAGAGGGCUGGGGUGGCCUUUUCUGCAACCAAGAUCUCAACUAUUGCACCAAUCAUCGGCCCUGCAAGAAUGGAGGGACGUGCCAUAACACCGGGCAAGGCAGCUACACCUGCGUCUGCCCUCCUGAGUACACGGGGCCGAAUUGCGAGAAAUCUCUGCACUCGUGCGCCGUGAAACCCUGUGCCAACGGAGGUGCGUGCGUCUCGGAAGGCGGUGAAUUAUCCUGCGCUUGCCCGUCUGGUUACGAAGGAGCGCUCUGUGAAAUCAGAAGACAGACUUGCGCCGACCAACCUUGCCGAAACGGCGGAACCUGCGAAUUGAGACCCUCCGGUUACGUGUGUCUAUGUCCACCAGGCUUCGCAGGGCUCGACUGCGGAGUCGAAGCUGAUCCUUGCGCAGCCAGCCCCUGUCGGAACGGAGCAACCUGCAAUCGCGCCGGCGACGGUUUCCGGUGCUCUUGCAAACCUGGCUUCAGAGGCAAUAGAUGCGAAAUCGACAUAGACGAUUGCGCCGGCGUCGUCUGUGAACAUGGAGGCACUUGUGUGGAUUUAGUCAACGGGCAGAGGUGUCAAUGCGCUCCUGGAUUCCUGGGAUCUAGGUGUGAAACUCGCGUGGACUUAUGCCUUGCCAAACCUUGUGCCAACGGAGGUGAAUGCCACGUUCUCGACAACGAUUACGAAUGCCGAUGCAGACCUGGGUUUGCAGGAAAAGACUGCAGCAUAGACAUCGACGAGUGUGCGUCGGCUCCCUGCAGGAACGGCGGGACUUGCCGGGAUAGAGUGGACGGCUACCAUUGCAACUGUCCGCCCGGGUGGGGUGGGAAAUCUUGUACGGUGUCACUAGCGGACUUUGCGGCUGCCAAACCAGCCGGGGGUCAUUUGAGAAGAGUGGGAGACGAGACAUUAGAGGGAGAAACCUUAUCAGGGAGUCACGUGGCGCUGAUAGCUGCACUAUCCGCCGCAGUGCCCGCUGCCGCGCUAGCUGCUGCAAUAGCGGUAGCGUGUAUCAGAAGGCGAAGAAAACGCGCGCAGAACGCGGCGGACGCCGAAGCGAGAGCGCAGAACACAGCGAACGCCGGCAACGGUGGCCGCGUGAUAAGAAACACUUGGGGCAAGUGUGAAGGGCCAGUACCUGAAUGCCAGAACGCGCACAACGCGGCGGCAGAAGAGUGUAAGAGAAAAACGCUCAACACGGAGAGCGCAGCGCGACUGAUCGCAGCGCUCGACCCCAGACUGUCGCGGCUCUCGGCAGACUCGGCGUACUGCGCCAAUAGCGAUACAUCGCUAGUGAAACGCGCGCUAGAAGGCGGGGGGGUGUACGUGCUGGACGACCACUGCCUGCCGCCGACGUUCGCAACGCAAGUGUAG